AAUGACUCCACCAACGUACAUCAUCAAGCUGCGCCUUUGUUGUGAAUUGUAAGGUUCGAAGAAAGCUAAUUCGCUUCGUUUUUUUAAGGAAUAAGUUUUUAAAAAUGUGUUAGAAAUGAUUUGUAUUACGCUCUGACGUAUUUGAAUCGUCCCACAACUGGGAAUUAACCGAGCAGCGUCAACUUCAAGACGUUUCACAGAACGAGGAGAGGACACAUGUCAUCUGCAGCAGAGACAGUGGAAAAUGCCUCCAUCAUUUCAGAGAGUGUGGCACAUGACGGAAACCGCUUGUGGAUAGGCAACAUCGAUCCCAAAAUCACAGAGUAUCAUUUAGUGAAGCUGUUGGAGAAGUUUGGAAAAGUCAAGCAGUUUGACUUUCUGUUCCAUAAGUCUGGGCCUCUGGAGGGGCAGCCACGAGGUUAUUGUUUUGUCAACUUCAGCACCAGAGAGGAGGCAGAAAGAGCCAUCCAGUGUUUAAAUGGGAAACUAGCCUUGUCUAAGAAGCUGGUGGUGCGCUGGGCGCAUGCACAGGUGAGGAGGUUUGAAGGUUUCCGCAGUGAGAAGACAAUGCCUUCGAGCUUGGAACCGUCGUGCAGUGGUACAGCAGAAGAAGGCACAGUACAAACCAACCACCUCAGUACAAGUGCUAAGAUCCGUGCCAUCGAGGCCAAGCUCCAGAUGAUGGAGGAGAAUCCAGAUGAUGACUACUCAGGCCCGUCAGCCUACGUUUACAACAAACCGCCAGAGAGGAAACGCUGGGAGCCCUACUCUAAAUCACACCACAAUAACCAUGGCAGGCCCUUCCGCAAGUUUAGGAGAUGACCCAUCCUCCCACUUUGAGUGGAGGUCUCCACUACCGCACCUCAAUACCCCCUCGACUCCACACCCACCUCUGCACACAAUAGCCACAACUAUGCACAUUUCAUCUGUCGCACAAAGGUUUUGAACAUAUUCAAAAUACUUUGAAAAGCAGACGAAUAGCACUGGGACUAUUUCAUAUCAUUUCACAGUGGACAGCAACCAUGGAUGUACGGAGCCCAGCUGGGGACUGAUCUGUGCGCACCGAUUAAUAAUUCAUCCUCUUGAAAUAAUAAUUUGUUGCCUGAAUGUGUUCUGUCAAAAAUAAAAUGUACUGAGAUUCAUAUAUUCUACUCUCAAAAGUAUUAAUGUGUGCAGUGGAAUGAGUAAUUUGUGUUCUUCAAACAAAAACUUAUACUCUCAAAAUGAGUAAUUUGUGCUCCUGAUCUGUGUUAUUAAAAUAAUAAUUUGUGCUCUCUCAGUGAUUUGUGCUCUAACGGGUGCCCUCAGUAUAAUAAUGUUUGGUUUUGAGUUAUUAGUUUGUGCUGUCAAAAUACUACUGUAAUUCAUGCAAUCCAUCCUUUUCAUUAAAGAAUGGUAUACUGGAAUAACCAUUCAUGUGCAUAAAUUAACACCUUAUUACAGACCAUCAUCUCUGUCCCCUCUGGAAAUACUUUAGAUUUUGUCUGAUUUGCAGAACCUUGUGCAUUCUGUGUCACAUUCCAUAUUUGAUUACAUUUUUGAAAACUGUUGCAUGAACUAGAAAAUCAAACCAACAAAUAAAAGUCUGGUCUUGCACCCUCAGACAAGUGCUGGGCCACCGCACCAAGGAUGCAGCAGGUCCAGCACCUGCUGUCGUGGAAAAAAAAAAGUUAUUUGGCACAUUGACUCAGCUGUACAUUUCAAACAGCAAAAGGAACUUCCUCUCUGCCAAACUGAAUUGCAAUCAUUUGUGUUUUAUGAGGUACGUGUGAAGGGAAUAAUCCAGGCAUCAACAGAAAAAGCAACAGGAUGAAGACUGUAAAUGAGGUGAUACAUUCUGGAUUAGGUGGUGAUUUAUUAAUUUGAGAGCUCAAAUUAGGUAAUUUUGAGAGAUGAAGUAACGUGCUAAUUAUUAUUUCAAGAGGAUGAAUAAUGUUUAUUAGGCACAUGAUUUUUUUUUCUGACCGUAUAAUUAGAUGUGUAACAUAUAAUUCUACUCCGUACCUUACUGCUAUACAUUUUGGGGACCCCCCCCAAACACACACGCACAUCAGUCUUUUCUCAGUUUUGCAGAGAUUUAUUGAAGGUGAAUCUUACAGCUGUGAGUUGUGUGAUUCAAAGCUGCACCGUGAGAGGUGUUUUAUUUUUAAAAGAGUAUAAAUUUCCUUGAUGUUUUUGACACAUCCUGUUACUAUCUUGUCAUAUUUAAAGAUGGCUUUUUUGUUUUGUUUUUCUGUGUUUAUCUUUACUGGAGGCUUCUAUUAAGAAGGAGAAAUAAACUGAUUUGUAACCAAACUCUAUUAAAGGAAUUUAAAUAAGCCACUCUCA